ACACGCACAUUCACACACACACGCACAGGCAGAGCACAGCUCCGGAUCCGCGCAUGCGCGUGGGUGCUCCAGCCACCAACUACCGGGCCAACAUGGAGAGAAAAGUUCUCGCACUCCAGGCGAGGAAGAAAAGGGGGAAAGCCAAGAAGUCUCUCAAGAAGCCUACUCAACACUCGAGACGAGCGCCUCAACAGCAGCAGCAGCAGCAGCAGCAACCGCCCGCUGAGCCUCAGCAGCAGGAGCCCGAUGAAGAAAUCCUGGGCUCAGAUGAUGAGGAGCAGGAAGACCCCAAUGAUUACUGCAAAGGUGGCUACCAUCAUGUGAAGAUUGGAGACCUUUACAAUGGGAAGUACCAUGUGAUCCGAAAGCUGGGCUGGGGACAUUUCUCAACAGUGUGGCUCGCCCUGGACAUCCAAGGGAAGCGGUUUGUGGCAAUGAAGGUGGUAAAGAGUGCCGAGCAUUAUACUGAAACAGCCCUGGAUGAGAUAAAACUAUUAAGAUCUGUCAGAAACACAGACCCUGAUGAUCCAAACAGAGAGAUGGUGGUUCAGCUGUUAGACGACUUUAAAAUCUCAGGGGUGAACGGAACUCAUGUGUGCAUGGUGUUUGAAGUGCUGGGGCACCAUUUACUUAAGUGGAUUAUCAAGUCUAACUAUCAAGGCUUACCCCUGCCUUGCGUCAAGAGCAUCAUUCGACAGGUUCUGCAGGGCCUUGACUACCUGCACACAAAGUGUAAGAUCAUCCACACAGACAUAAAGCCAGAGAACAUACUAAUGAGUGUGGAUGAGUCAUAUGUGAGGAGGCUGGCAGCCGAAGCUACAGAAUGGCAGAGAGCAGGAGCACCGCCUCCUUCUGGAUCUGCAGUGAGCACAGCGCCAGUACCCAAACAAGCGCCCAAAAUGUCGAAGAACAAAAAGAAGAAGCUGAAAAAGAAGCAGAAGCGACAAGCGGAGCUGCUAGAAAAGUGCAUACUAGACCUGGAGGAGAUGGAAAAGGGUCCUGGAGGAGCAGAGGAGGAGGCUGAUGAGCCACAAUCCCCAAAAUCACCUUUGUGUGCACCUCUCAGACAGGCAUCUAUUCAGGACAUUGCUGAAGAGGAGCUAAUAGACAACCCCAGAGAGCGGCUGACCUCAGACGCCUCAGCAGAAUUCAACUGUAACGGACACUCACCCGACAGCCCAGGCCCACCUGAGAAAGAUGCUGAAGAAGAUGAACCGCAAUCACAGCUCAAGCAGGAGGACCAUCAAAACGCUAACACUGGACCUUUAGAGGAGAACCCUUAUAAGUACUGUAAUGGAGCCAGCUCUCCUGAGCCGAGCCAGGAGAACCACAGCAAUGGAGACGUGAAGGAGGAGGGAGAGCUGGGGCCUGAAGAGCAGGAGCAGGAGCAGCUGCCGGAAGGAGACUGCCAGACUGAGACACAGGAGAGCUUGAUGAAUGCCAAGUUGGCUGCAGGAAACCUGCUGGUCAAUCCUCUGGAGCCGAUAAAUUCCGACAAGAUCAAGGUCAAGAUCGCUGACUUGGGCAACGCCUGCUGGGUGAACAAGCACUUCACUGAGGACAUUCAGACGAGGCAGUAUCGCUCCCUAGAGGUGCUGAUUGGUUCAGGUUACAACACACCAGCUGAUAUAUGGAGCACGGCUUGUAUGGCAUUUGAGCUUGCCACUGGAGAUUACUUGUUUGAACCCCACUCUGGUGAAGAUUACUCCAGAGACGAAGACCACCUCGCUCUGAUCAUUGAGCUGUUGGGUAGAAUUCCCCGUCACUAUGCUCUGAUUGGGAAAUUCUCACAGGAAUACUUCGACCGGAAAGAUCACAUUGCUUUGAUCAUUGAGCUGCUGGGGAUGGUCCCACCCAAACUAAUAUUGUCAGGAAAAUACUCCAAGGACUUUUUCACCAAGAAAGGUGAUCUGAAGCACAUCACCAAGCUGAAGCCGUGGGGUCUGCUGGAGGUUCUGCAGGAUAAGUAUGAAUGGUCGCGGGAGGACGCCGAGACCUUCACAGACUUUCUUCUUCCCAUGCUGGAGCUCAUCCCUGAGAAACGAGCAACUGCUGCCGAGUGCUUGCGCCACCCCUGGCUCACCCUCUAGUGGUCCCUGUCCGCCACUGCCCCUCCAUCCUUCUUCUCUUCCAUGGAAAAAAAAGAAUAGACUGCAACGUAACACUUUCCAGAUUUGAGUGCAUAUCGAAAUACUACUUGUUUUGUGUAUUUGUGUGGUUUUCUAUAUUUGUUUCACUUGAGGAGUACUUUAUUUUGUUUUUAUUUCUUUUUUUUCCCCUGAGGUGUGGGGUUGUUUUACCUCACACUCUCAGCUUUUUUUUUUUUUUUUUUCGUCCACUCCAACUUGAUUUGCACAAUGCAUUAAGGAGUUUUAGGGAACAUCUUCUUCUGUAGAGUAUUUCUCCUGUGUGCUAAAGACCCGGGUCCUGUAUGUUGCGAGACAAGUGGCUUCAAUUCAACUGAGGGUUGGUGCAAAGCCACACUUGAUGAAUCAGUUUGUUACAUAACGUUAGCUAGUGUUUGGGAAGAUGCACAGCAGAGACAGGAAGCGCUAAAUAAAGGGAACUGUUAGGUUUACAAUAAGGCAGAAGACAGUAGAGAGUUUAGACCUGACUGUAGUUAGUUUAUUUCAGGAAAUGCCAUGCCACUGUGUUCUUCUGGCUCAGCUCAGUCCGUUUCUCUUUCUCAUUUUAUGUGUGUGGUAAGACAUUUGUUUUUGGUCAGUCUACACUUGGUGAGGAUGUUGUCUUUUUCUCACUGUUUUGGUCAGUAGGUGAAAACGUUCAAGAAACUUCCACACAGUGAGAGUAGCUGUAAAACAACUUGCAAAAAAAAGAAAAAAAGUGAAAAAAAAAAAAAAGAACUUCCGUUGUGCGUGAGUGGUGUGUGUGUGUGUGUAUGUGUGUGUGAGCAUGAUGUGUGUCAGUGUAUAUAUGUGUACCAAAGAGUUUGCCUUGAUCUGUAUAUUACAGCCAUGUACAGUUUUUAAAGAAAUCCUACUAUUAGCUAAUAUUAUUUAGCUGGUCAGAAAUGUUUUAAUAAAGCAUUUGGAAGAUGGGUGCAA